AUGGCCGACAACACAGAGGGUGCUGGUGAUGCCCAGGUCACCUUUAAGGUGAAGACGGGACAGGAUAGCAACCACACCAUCACCAUGGCUGAGUCUGCCACCGUGUUGGACCUCAAGACUAAAUUGGCUGGCGAAGACUUUGAGAACGUUCCCGUCGAGCGCCAGCGUCUUAUCUACUCUGGCCGCGUCAUGAAGAACGACGACACCCUCGGCACCUACAAGAUCAAGCCCAACAACACCAUCCAUAUGGUCAAGAGCGCCGCCAGCAACCCGGCGCCUCAACCCUCCGCUGCUGCCUCGACACCCGCUGCCCCCUCUGUGCCCUCCAACAUGGCUGCUGGCACCGCAAAUAACAUUCUUACCGGCCUGACCGGGGCCAGAUACGCCGGCCACAUCAACCUGCCCAGUCGCGAGACCUUUGGUGCAGACGGAGGCAUGGGCGCCCCGCCGUCCGACGACCAGCUUGCUCAGAUGCUUUCCGACCCCUCCAUGCUCCAGACCAUGAACGCGGCUCUCGAUAACCCCGACUUCAUCAACUACAUGAUCCAGAGCAACCCCCACUUGCGCAAUGUGCCCAACGCCCGAGAGAUCAUCCAGUCACCUUUUAUGCGCCAGAUGAUGACCAACCCGGACAUGCUCCGCAACGUUAUGAGAAUGCAGCGUAAUAUGGCUGGAGGAGGUGGCAACGCUGCGUUCCCAGCGCCUGGCGCAACCGACACCACGCCUGCUGAAGCUGCGGCCGCUGGCGCCGGCGCCAAUGCUAAUAACGCUUCCCCGUUUGGUUUCCCUGGGGGUCUUCCGGGUAUGCCGGGGUUCGGUGGCAUGGAAGGAUUGGGCGAUCUUGGUGCGCUGUUUGGCCCGGGCAGCCCAUUUGCGCCUCAGCAACCCGGGGCCACUCCUGGUGCGGGCGCGGCGACCGGCAGUGACACGCAGGCUCCGGCAGGAGCGGGGGCCACUGGAACUACGGGAGCGACGACGGGCGGGCAGGGCGCAAAUGCUACAUCGAGCCCGCCUCCGGCCAACCCCUUCGCUGCCCUGUUCGCGCCCCCUCCUUACGCGGCUCAGGGACAGGCCCAGGGCCAGGGUCAAGGCCAGGCCCCAGCCAACCCCUUUGCUUCUCCUUUCGGCCAGAUCAACCCGGAGAUGAUGCAACAAAUGAUGAACAUGUGGGGUCUCGGUGCAGCCGGCGGCGGCGCUGCCGGUGGAGGCUCUCCUGCUCCUCCGGAUAACCGCCCUCCCGAAGAACGCUAUGCUGAGCAAUUGCGCCAGCUCAACGAUAUGGGCUUUUUCGACUUCGAUAGGAACGUGGCUGCUCUGCGCCGUAGUGGUGGUAGCGUGCAAGGCGCGAUUGAGCAUCUUCUUAGCGGCUGA